AGCAGUUUCCUGCUUGAACAGGAAAUACAACUUCACUGUACGAUUAUAAACAGAUGGUGUCCGAGACACACACUCUCACACACACACACCGAGAACUGAACCACUACCGGCUGUUUACUGAGUAACAAUUCUUCAUUUCUGCAAUCAGACUGAGUACCAUGAUGGAGCAGAAGAUAAAUGAUGUUCUACAGAUGUGCUGCGAGGUUUCAGCGAGCCAGAAGAUGAAGGCUGCAGUGAAGGGUUCUCUGAAAGGGGGAGCGAUGGCAGGAGGGGGUGCAGCCCUAGGAGGGUUACUGCUCGGACCGGCUGGAAUUGCAGUUGGUGGAGCAGUCGGGGGUUUUCUGGGCUGGAUGACCAGUGGUAAUUUUAAACCAGUUCCUCAGAUCCUCAUGGAGCUUCCACCUCAGGAGAGACAGAAGCUUUACUCUGACAUCAGUGGGAUUUUGGGUUCACUGCAAUGGACAGACAUCACACAGCUGAUGAUUAUGGUCAGAAGUAAUAAUACACUUCUGCAGGGAGUCACAGCUGGGAUUCAGUCCUUUGUUAGCAAAAAUCUUGGCGCUGCGGUGGAAUACGGAGACUGAGCAGAGAGACAGGAGAUCAGCAAAGCUUAUUGUCAUAUGCACAUGGUCACAUGGUCUCUUGUAUUAUAAUAAAAUAAAAUCUGUAUUUGAGUGAA